AUGGUUUCUUUGUUUGGUGGAGGUGGGGGACUACCGGAGUUGGGAUUGGGGUUUGGGGGACCACCGGAAGUGGCAUGGAGGUUAAGAGGACUGCCGAAGUUGGUAUGGAUGCGAUGGACUUCUAGUGAUAGGUAUGGGGUUUGGGGUAUUGCCGUCGUUGGGUAUAGGUACUGCUAUCGAAGGGUUUUCGGAGUUGAGCAUGAAGGUGGGGGACUACCGGAGUUGGGAUUGGGGUUUGGGGGACCACCGGAAGUGGCAUGGAGGUUAAGAGGACUGCCGAAGUUGGUAUGGAUGCGAUGGACUUCUAGUGAUAGGUAUGGGGUUUGGGGUAUUGCCGUCGUUGGGUAUAGGUACUGCUAUCGAAGGGUUUUCGGAGUUGAGCAUGAAGGUGAGGUGUUAUCGCAUCCAUACCAAUAG